AUGGGUGAGGUGUCCGCAGACCCCAUCACCCUGGACCUGCUGAGAGAAGCCAGGGAGACGGUGAGCAGCAGCCCCCUGGGUGUCAUCAACACUCCCAUGAUCCCCUGGUGCCAGACGACCCUGCCUCUCGACAUCCGCUGCAACAUCCACAUCAAACUGGAGAACAUGCAGAGAACUGGCUCGUUCAAGAUCAGAGGAGUGGCCAACCAGUUUGCCAGGAGACCGAAGGGGGGUCAUUUUGUCACCAUGUCCGCCGGGAACUAUGGGAAGUCUUUUACGUACGCCUCGAAACACUAUGGGUCAAAGGGCAAGGUGGUGAUGCCCGAAACGGCCCCCGUGUCCAGAUCCACCCUGAUACAGGUUAGAGCCUGCACCAUGUACAGGAGUUUCAUUAAGAAGAAGCCAGUGGGCAUGGACACCAAGAGCAUCGCCUCAGGACUUGCACCACCUUUCGCAGGCACACUGCCCUUCGAGUUAUGUCAGCGUUACGUGGAGGGGAUUGUCCUCAUAAACGAUGAAGAGAUCAAGGCGGCCGUGUCCACCCUCUACAGGUCCGGCCUUGUGGUGGAGCCGUCGGGCUGCACCGCGUUCGCCGCCAUCGUUAACGACAAGAUACCCGAGCUGGAGGGGAAGAGCGUGGUGUGCAUCCUCAGAGGAGAGAACAUUGGAAAGGACGAGCUCGUUAACUUCCCGGGCUGA